AUUUUCUGGUCGAAAGAGUUCGAAACGGGUGAAUCGUUUACGAAUCGCACACCAAGCACCGCGACUACCGUCGGCGCUGCUGGAGUCCGACACUGAGCGAAGAGGUGAACGGCCCGCCAGCCAGCCACGUGCAACUCUCUGUUGCGAUGGAUGCCUGCGCCCGUAUUAGAGGAGUCCCAAUCAGGUCCAGGGCCUCAGUGCGGAAAGAGACUGUGCGAGACAGCGGGGCGCAGAAUGUGAAGAGCCUCUUCAGGAAUAAAAAGGAGCUCUGUGGCAUUGGUUUAGAGCUGCCAGCGAGAGACGCCACCAGACUGACAGAGAUUCACUUUGUGUGUCUGCCUGGUUUAAGUGAAGGAGAAGACAUCACUCAGGCUCUGUCUUCCCUGCCAGGGGGGCUGUGUGAGCUUCUCAAGUCCCUACACGUCCACAGCAUCAAGAAUGACGAAGUCCUGCUGCUCAAAGACUCCCGCAGGCUGCCGGAGCACAAGGAUGAGGGACCUCAGUGUUGGUUAAAGACAGUGUGCGUGCUGAGGCAUAAUCCCAGCACCAACGUUUACCCUCCAGCCAGUGUUCCGACUUUGGUGGGGCUGCUGGGGUGCUACACGGCAGGUCUCCGCUAUACGCUGGAGCUUCAGGCUCUUCAGAGGAGCACAGCUGAAGCCAGCCAGCCAGACGAAGACGAUACCAACCAGUCGGUCUCUUCGAUCGAGGAUGACUUUGUCACAGCCCUAGAACAUCUGGAGGAGGACGACACAGGAGACAAUCCCUCUGCAGCUCCAUAUAGUCAUUUUAAAAAGCGCGAUGUGGCUUCACAGACUGUCCCAGCCCACAAGAGAAAAAAGGAAUUAUCAGGCUCCCGCAUUAUCAUAAGCUCAUCUUCAAAGAAGUAUUCAGCCAAGCACAGAUCCGGUCCUGAUGUAUCUGUCACAGUACAGAGGUCGUCGGGCGUGGAAUCCCAGUGGACUUACUGCAGUCCUGGAGCGCGUCUCCCCUCACCUUUGAUUCAUGUCAGUGAAUCAGAAGAAUCAGACUGUUCCAGCCCCAGUCCUAUCAUUUUCCUAGAUGAAGUGGGCUACCAGAAGAGCCUGCUGGCCAAGCUGGACAUUCCUCAGGUGCCAGGGGGCCCCAAAGAGCGAGUUGAAGACUCAGAUUCUGAAGUUAGUGAGUUCUUUGACAGCUUUGACCAGUUUGAUGACUUGGAGGAGCUUAACUCAGAGAGCUGCACUCUUACUCUGCCUCUGGAUGCAAUCAGUGCCCCAGCAGCACAGAAAAAGGCUACUGAAUCUGGCACAAGUGUGCCAUCUUCAAAAUAUGUUUCUAGGGGCUGCUCAACCAAGGGAAUGAAUCCUCACCGCUUUGAUCAGCCCACUCUCCCAGCCAAUGUGAAAAAACCCACCCCCCUGAAACCAGGCUCUCCUUACUCACUUCCCUCUGAGGUGCCUGAUUCCCCACGGCCUGUACAGACCCCUUCCGAGGAGAACGGCGGCCCCCUCUUCAGUCCUGUCAGCUCCUCUGCCUUCAGUCCCCUGGUGGACUCCACUGAGCCACUGGAAUACUUCUGGAAUACAGAAGAGGAUGGACAGAACAGCUCUGAGCUACGUAAACCCCAGGAUCUCUGCUCUUUGUACAAGACCUACUCAGACUUUGCUAGCAGUCUGUCCAAAGAAAUUCUUGGAUCUGUGUGUGGCUACCAGUCUGCUGUCGACAUCAGUGACAACAAGAAUCUCAGCUGUGUCUGCCACAAAGAAUUUAAGAACCCUUCAGGAUACCUGAUGAAGCUCUCAGAAAUACAGGAGACUGUAACAGUGGCCAAGCUGCAGAAGAAGUCCCAGUCUUUGAAAGAUGGCAUUCAGAGGUUUGCCAGUGACCUAGUGGAAAUGAGCUUGGGCAGUGCUUUGCGAGACCUCCAAAAAGGGGUGUCGACCUGCACCACCACCUUGUGCCACCUAGCUGCUAGACUUACCUCUUCAGUAUUUCAAAUGGCCUUCCAUGAGAUUGGCAUGCGACGUGCAUAUGUCCUGAAGGAGCGGGCAAUCAAUGGGUUGGCCAGCUUCCUGGUCGGAGAGGCCGUGUCCACGGCGCUCAAAGAGUUCCUGACUGUGAAAAAGCAGAUUUUCCACAGCACGGUGACACGUUUUGCUGCUGAUCUGGCUGAGGAGCUGGUGUUUGAAGGUAUAAUGGAAGUAUGUCAGUUCUCUCACCCCUCUACCCCUCUCACGCCAAGUGAUUGGUCUUUUGGCCACGGGCAAGAGGAGGAGGAAGAAGAAGAAGAAGAGGAGGUGGUGUCCUCCUAUGCGUCAGACCUGUCUGAGUCUGUAAUCCAGGAGGCCUUCAUAGAGCUCUCUCAGGCAGAUGUUGCCUUCACAAGCCAAGCAGCUAUAAGUGUGUCUGUGGGCAACAUCUGUUAUGUCAGUGCAGAGAACACCAGCACUCAUACCUGCAGCACCUUUGCUAACCAGCAGGUUUUAAGUUCGGCUGUCCCAGCAGAGGAUGCUUCGUGCACUGUGAAGAAAGCCCUGUUCACUGUAUCAGGCAUGGCCAGCUGUAUUCCUGUACCCCAGGCGGGGCACGCCCUCUCCAACCUCCAAGAUUCUGAGGAGACUGCUCAGCAAAGGUCUAGCUUGUCACAUACCCCACAGACCAGCCCCAAAAGAUUAACCGUGUCAUCCUCUGACGAUGCCACAUCUGUACAGACGCAUCUUUACAGUCAUGGAACUCAGACCUCUGUACCAGCAGGAGAACCUUCCCAAAAAAAGUCUCCAUUCCAAAACUUCUCUGGCAACAUGGUGGAUAUGAUAGUAACUGAGGCUUGUGAGCUAAUAACUGCCUCUAAAAUGAAGAAAGGUUUCGGUGACUGUGCUGACUUCCUCACAAAGACAAUCAGAAGCCGUAGGGACUCUGAUGAUGCUUCGGAUUCCCCUUCAAAGCAAGGAGCUGUCAGGGAAAGUUUUAGAUAUGACUGUAGAGAUUCUGGGAAUGUUAGGCAGGGUGGCCCUGUUGAACAAGCAAACAAUCCUCCCAUUUCCUUUCAGACAGGCGCUCUAAACCAGGGGAGUUACCGAUGUGAGCGAGGCCCCAGGACCAGAGGUGUGUCUGAAACACAUCCUGUGAUGAUGAAUACUUUGGAAGUGCCGGUUACUGAGAUGGGUGGACAAAGGAGGAUAUCCGCUUCUGUGGAUGAUUCAGCACCAAACUCUGGACAGAAAUCAGGUGGGACUCCUGGUACUCCUCCUUCCACCCCUCAGCAGCCCAGUGAGGUCUCCAAGGAGAGACAGAUAAAGCAGUUCUCCAAGAAGCUGAAGAGCAAGCUGGCUAAAGAAUUUUCCCCUGCAACGCCACCUCCGACCCCUCACUAUCAGCCUGAGCUGGGCCCAGGGCCAAAAUACACCAUCCCAGAGGUGGACAAGGCAGAGUUUAUGCUCAAACUGAUGAGAUCUCUUUCUGAGGAGGCUGAUGGAAAUGAGGAGGAAGAAGAGGAAGAAGCAGCAGAAGAAGCCGGCGUUGGUGGCGGUAACAGAUGUUUAGAGACGGGGGUUGGCCGACAGGCACACAACCCGAUGUCUGCUCGCAUGAUGUCCAACAAAGAAGCUCUCCACUAUGCUGAGCGGUUGGCGUGUCACAUAGUCUCCAUGGCAACAGAGAUGGACACCCUGGGAGGUGCAGAGGAGGAGGAGGGAGAGAUGAACCAGGGCAGUGAGAAGAGGAGAGACAGUGUGGCUCAGUUUUCAGAGCAGACCCUUAACUCGUUGUGGGUGUAUGCAGGGGAGGUGGCGGGAGAGGUGAUCAGUGACGUGAAGAGGAUGGUGAGCUCUGGACAGCAAUGUUCGUAUCACAGAGCUGUCAGAAGAAGAAGCUUGGACAGAUCUAGCUCUGAAUGUUUGCAUUACCCCCAUAGACACCACUCUCAACCCAGCACAGACCAGAACAGAGACUGGAGGUUAGGGAGGCUGGCUGAGCAGUGGUCCAAUGAAGCGAUAGCCUCGACCUCCCAGUCUUCCACUUCUGCUUCAAGCACCAUGUCUAGCUCCAGCUCUGGUCUGUCCUCUGAGUAUCCCAGCUGUGAGAGCGUGACAGAUGAGUAUGCUGGCUACCUCAUUAGAGUACUGAAAAAAGAAGGGGGCAGUAGGGAGUUAGUCCUGGACCAGUAUGCCACUCGUUUGGCUUACCGUUCUAUAAAACUAGGCUUGGCUCACGCCAGUCGCAAGAUAAAGCAGAGAUCUUCCAGUGCACGUCUUCACUCCUCUAAGUCUCUGCCAGAUGAGUGGAAAGCUACUGGUAGUGAAGCCUCAUCAGCCAAGGAUAGCACAGAGAUGGAUGGAAAUGCUCAGUGUUGUUGCAGGGACUCUGAAAGGCAGAGUAAGAGGGAGUACAUGGAUCUAGUCCACUUUGCUGAAUCUUUAGCUUACAACAUCACCUGUGAUGUCACACGCAAGCUACAUCUCUCCUCUGUACGGCUGCCUAAGUCUCUCACUGACUCCUGUCUUUAUAAAAAAUCCAAACUGGAAGACAUGGCAGAGAAUCUCAUUAGGAACUCCUUCUCCUGCCCCCUGUUAUCCAAGGAGAGUAAAAGUAAACACUACCACAGCACAGGGAGCCUGUAUGACAGAGGCUACAGUAGCAAGGUGAUGCAGGUCAUUGAGCAUUAUGCCCGGAAAAUAGUGGAUGACACGCUGAAGAUGAGCCUGGCUUCGGUUGGACAUUCAUCCCGGGAGCACCAAGGCCACGACAGACACACUCACACACAGAGGUUGUCUGAGGGCCCAGCACUGGCCCGGGCAAUGGGGGAGAGGGCGUGCCGUUACUGUCAGGUCCAGGAGUGUCCGCACUGCACCAAACACAGCAGGCACCACUACCAACCUAUGUUACAGAGGAGGAAAAGGGGGGGAGACUGUCAACCAAGAGCACUCUCUAGUCUGGAGAUUCCCAAAAUCCACAUCGACCUGGACCAUAGGGUGGCAUUUGCAGAGGAGAUGGUAUCCAUGGCAAUGGAGACAGCUAAGCGCGAGCUGAGUAACACCAGCCUUAAUGCCGACAGCGGGAUCGGCCACGAUGGCACCAGCUACGCCGAGAGCCUCACCGCUGAGAUCAUGACGUCAGCCCUGUCCAACAUAUGCCAGGGUGCCCAUACCAGUGCUUCAGGUAGGGAAACCACUGAGUCCACUGUGUCCCAGCAGCUGAGUGUCGGGGAUGACAGCCUGGGCAGCUGGUCCAACCUGAGUUUUGAAGAUGAGCACCCAGAUGAUAACAGCAGCUUCCUUCACCUCAGUGACAGCAAUGGGAACAGCAGUAGCUGGAGCAGUCUGGGCCUGGAGGGGGAGGCGUGUGAGGAGCACUUGUCCUUCUCUCCCUCUGACAGUGACAAUACAGAGGACAAGGAAGCUGAGGUCAAAGAGGAAUCCAGUGGGACACUCUGUGUGGACAGGACUCAAAUGCAUAUUCCCAGGACUGCGCUGGUCAUAAUGAACUCAGAUGUCAGGGAACCUGGAAGCGGCCCUCAGCACGUGACCCUCGACCCCCAGCUCAGGAGCAUGCUGCAGUGGCUGGCAGCCUCCGUGGCUGACGUCCCUCAGAUCCAGCUGAGCCCCGACAGAGAGCUACAGCAGCUCCCGGCAGUGGUCCAAAAACUUCGAGAGAGGAAGUGGAAGGUGGGAGACCUGCUGCACAUGCUGCUGCGCUACUAUGAUGAGAGCCACAGUCAGCCCGAGGCCAGAGAGGAGGCACUUGAGGCGGGCACAGAACCUCACUGCAUCCCUCUCUUCCAGUGGCUUCUGGAGCACGCCUAGAGCCUCUGCCCCCCCCACCCCCUCAGCUCUUCUGUUCUCAAUUCCAGCUCAGUGAAGUUUGCAAAGACAGGGCUUUGCAAACUUCACAGGCCCGUAGAGGCUACCGCAUGAAUCAGCUGAUCUAAAUCCCUCUCAUGAAUGUGGCGGCAUGUCCCAUCGCACGCUCAGACCGACGAGUACUUGUGCCGCGUUUUCCCCUUUUUUCACCUUCGGUUUUGUUGCUGCAGUUUUAUUGUUUUUCAGGGCUGCAUAUGUAACUCAUGUUGAUUUAGUGAGCUGCCUCCAGUCCUGAAUUGAAGGCCUCACACCUUGCUGUGCUUAAGCUUCGGGGUGAGAGCGAGGGACCCACCCGGUGUGUUUCCAGAUGGAGCUGCAGUAUGUUGAGAGAAGAGGGAGAAUGUGUUUUUUGUUAGGGAAUCCCCACAGCUGCUAGGCGGAUGAUGUCAUCACACCCACAGCUCACCUCUGGUGGUGUUUCCACAUAACGAGAGACCAACUGUGCACACGCACAUAUACACAGCACACACUUUUUUUUAUCAGAACCAAUUCAAGAUACAUGAACACAAUUCCUUUAUUGUAUCGAUCCGCUCUUGUGUUACAGUGAGUUGUAUUUAGUUUUCCUCUGAAUGACUCACUAUGCUGCCGUACAGAGAGAGACCAGACCCUGUUAAACCCAUCUCUGUACUUUCAGUAAACUGUGCUGUCAUUUUUGCACUGAUGAUCAUGAGCCAAUACAUUUGGUCACAGAAUGAUUAAAACCACUUAUUGAGAGUAUUCCUGAUUUAUCUAAUACUGUAACCCUGCUUUUUCUAGUAACAGUCUCCUUGGUUAUCAAACUUAGUAAAAUAUUAGUGGAUGAUGAGUAGUAGAGUGAGAAUGUAUAAAGAAAUAAAAAAAUAAUCCUUGUGUAUAUACAAGGAUUAUUUUUUUUAAAUAUAUUUUGGGUUUUUUUCUAUUUUGGAAAGUAGAGUACCAAAUCGAGCAUGAAAUGCUGCUCUUACUUGUGAUAGAAACCAUCACAUUGGCUCAUAAGGUGACUGUUCACCCUCUCCAAGUCAGUAGUAAUUGCAUACACCGGUCAUCUAUGUCAGUGGCCCUCGUCCAGUCUCGGGGAAGAUCCAGUGACGCAGAUAGCCGAUCCUCUGGUAAUUAAAGACACCGGCUCUGUCUGCCGACCCUGAAACCACAGGCUAGCAACAUCUGCGUAGCUCAGGCCUCGACUCACACAUUCUGUCACCCACGCUACACAGUCACCUCGAAGAGUCGUCGAGUAUGAAUACCACAACUUCCGUACAGUGACCCCCCCCACCACCACCACCUCAGUGUGUUUCACACGCACACACACACAAACUCAUUACUCACCACCACCCCCCUGCACACACACACACACACACACACACAGAGCACUACCCCAGCUACUUGCUGAGAAGCACUUUUUUUUGUUUUGUUUUUUUACAUUUUUGAUUCGGCCUGAGGACAGACUGGGCAUUUCCUCCCCCCGGCCUCCUCUGUGGACCUAAAAUCCAUUAGCAAAUCUUUGGGAUACAUUUGGAUGUUUGUAUUUAUUUAUUGUCGUUUUCUUUUUCCUAAUGAGGGACUGAAGGAUGACGUGAUGCUGCAAGGUUAUCACAUUUGAGUUUGAAACACUGUAAUAUACCAUGAUCUCACAUGUAUUAUUAUAAAACUACGUGUUGUUGGUGGCGUUCGCCUGCAUGGCUCAGUCUACCUUUUACAGCUUAACAUUGUUACUCUUCUUCUCGUGCUGGCCUACACUAACGCAGAGCUGCAGUGAUUCAAACGUGUCCACACUGCCUCACAGUAUGCUACAGGCCUCUGCAGAUGCCUUGUUUGUUCCUGCUUCAAUCUCUAGGCUGCCAUAUGGAAAUAUAAUCUUAAAGGUGUUUGUUCUGUAUGAAUUGUUUACACAUUAAAAUAUUAAUAUAAAAAAAAGAUGAAGGUGACACCCAAGAUAUCUGUAAAAAAAUAGGAGUAGAAAUGACACAGUGAAGUAUUAACCUGAGAGGCGAGAGAGUGUUUCUAUACCGGUUUACAUUAAAGGAAUGUAUUAAGAGUCACGGACACUUGAGAGCGCUUCACCGUGUUCGAAUCCUCUCCCUGUGUGGCUGCCUAGCUGUAGGACUUUCCCAGGUUUUUCCCAGCACCCAGCCCCUCUUCUAUUUUCAUUCUUGAUCUAUUUUACAUUCCUGCUCACCCCAGAUGACCUACAGUAGCGCUACAUUGUGUUUGUGAAAGCUGAAUGUGAACCCGACAAGACUCCAUUUAGAAGCAGAUGCUGUAAAAUCUGUUUUUGUUACUGUUGUGUUACUUUCUCUCUCUCUCUCUCUCUCUCUCUCUCUCUCUCUCUCUCUCUCUCCAGCCUCAGUUGGGAGCAUUAAAAAAAAAAAAAGAAAAAAGAUGUACUUCACCUCCUCUCACUCCCGUAUUUUCCCGCUUUCUUGUAAAAUCCUGCCAAAUAAAGAUAUUUAAUAAAUUAUAAUAAGUUAUAACAGUGAGUUCACUAUUUGUUCUCCCAGUGGCAUUGUUAAAUAGUUUGCACAAUUCUAAGCUUGAAGUCAGAAACUAUAAAUUUGUUUGUCAAAGCUUGG